AUGAACGUUCCCGACGACGACACCGCCGCCGGUCACGAAGGCCAUGACGACCAUCACGAGCGCCGCCAGCACCAGCACCCGCACCCGCACCCGCACCAGCACCAGCACCAACACCAACACCAACACCAACACCAACACCAGCACCCACACCCACACCCACACCCACACCCACACCCACACCCACGCUCGGCCAGCGAGCAGAGCCGCAGCGAGACAUGGCCGCGCACGCCAGGACACGCCGCUGGCAGUGCGGCCAUGGCUCGCUCACCCCACGUGAGUCUGUUCUCACCGGGCGUACCUGUCGUGUCGCCCUCGCCCUCGCCCUCGCCCACCGCCUCGCCAGACGCUGCCCUCGGCCACGCCCGGCCUCAUGAGGGCAGUCCCUCCCGUCCACUGUCGUCGCUCGCAGCCGUGGCCAGCAUGACAAAACGCACGUCGCGUCUCAAACUCGCAGACGACGUCCAGAAGAGCGCCGACGACCCCACCACGCCCCUCGACACGCCUGGCCGGAAGCGCACUACCAUCGACCUCGUUGGCUACGAACACGCUGCCAUAAAUACCCUCAGUCGCCUCUUCACCGAUGGCUCCAGCAUGGCCCACAGCCGCGCCCCCUCGUACAACCAAGCUACAGGGCCGCUGUACCUGCGAGCUUCCAACGAUGCAGUCCCCUUGCCGGACCACCUGUACACCCGAGGCCUCCUCCAGGGACGCCACUCAGACAUCUGCGUCAUCGCAUUCGGCAAGCGCUACAACCUGCAUCGCCUGCUGCUGGACCGCGCCCCCUUCUUCACCACCGCGCUCUCGGAGCCCUGGAUCGAAAGCCAGUCGACGGAAGUCACGCUGCACCCAGAAGAGAUCGACCACAGCAUCACCCAACCGGCCUUCGAGCUGGCCAUCCAGAGCAUCUACGGCGUCGACAUCUCCAAGGCCAUUGACGCCGAGGCUGUCGGCCUGUUCGCCACAGCCUGCUGGUUGGAGAUGCAGGACCUCAUCGACUCUGCCAUCGACUCCAUCCUCCGCCAGAUGGUGCCCGAGACGCUGGCCCCCCUGAUCCGGUUGGUCACGCUCAACUACUAUGGCCGCUCUGGAGAGCGCAUCCUCGAAUCUGCAAAGGCCAUGCUCAGCAGGAACGGCUGGGAAAUGGCUCUGCGGAACUGGGACGAUAUGCCAGGCGACAUUAUCCGCGAGCUCGUAGGUUCCGAUGGCUUCUUCGUCGACAGCGAGUGGGACCGCUGGGUGCUCGCCAAGCGUUUACUCGACCGCCGCCUGAGACAGGUCGCCGUCGACGCUGGCCUGAUGCAGCGCGGUCAGAAGCCUGUCCCCAAGGCCCCGCAGUCGAUGCGCUUCAUGGCCGUGCGCUUCGAUGGCGUCUAUCGCCAAAAUGCCCUGACGGCGACGCACUUUGCCUCCGAUGCCCAGGCAGAGUGGAUCACAGUAUACACAAACCCUGACAUUGAGCGCCUGCUCGUCCUGCUCGACGAGGGUAUACACUACAUUCACAUGGAAUACGAACAGCUCGAGUUCAUCCGCAACGCUCGCGACGUCUUUGGUUUGCCCGUAAUGCCUGAGAGGGUCAUCUCAAAUGCUCUAUGGCAACAGCUCGCCCUGCGCCAGACGGUGCUCAAUGCCGACGAAACCGCACAGGUGCUUGGCCUGUGUCAGGCACCACCAGGGCUGGAAACAGCUGAUGUUGCUCAGCCAGACGAAGGCGGCGCUGCCACAAAGGGCAAGCAGAAGGCUAUCGAACCCGCCGAGGAGCCAGAGAUCGAGUCGGAGAGCUGGGACGGAAACGGCAAGCCACGCAAGUUUUGGAUACCAAGCUCCGACUGCAACAUCGUGCUAGGCAACGGCGCUGAUCCUGUCGUGACGACAUCCAACACGUUCCAACGCCAUGCCACGCGCCUGUCUGCUACGAUCCAGCCAGAAGACGCACAGUGGGCGACCGACUUUGCUUCCACCCCAUCCACUUUGGCCAAUCCCAACACCCGCAACUACCCACAGAGGCCUCUGUCAGCAGGGGGGAGCAACGCUGGUCAGCCAAAGUCCCUUGCUUUCAGCGAGUUUCCACCCUUCCGCUUCGCAGCCGAGUUCCCCAACCCCCGCUUUCUCAAGGAGAAGAAGCGAGUCUAUUCGAGAACAGUCUCGUACGCUGGGUCUUUGUGGAACAUCUACAUUCAAAAGGUCCGCUCUGCCAAGAGCGUUCAGCUCGGUGUCUACCUGCAUCGGGCCAAGGAGCGCGAGAUAGACGAGACCGCGCAAGAUGGCGGCAUGAAUCCACAGAGCAACGGCACUGUCGACGCUCGAAUCGGUCAGCUCGAGCGUGAGAUGCUCCUGCGUAGUGAACAAAGGGAGCGUCGACGCAGCACUCGCGUCACCAUGCAGGACAACACUGUCGAAGACGACACAAGCGGCAGCGGCGGCGACCCUGACUCAACGCUUGUCUCGACUGGCUCGCGAAACCCGCAGCUCUCUAGCAGCAAUCUGGGUCGGCGUCGAAGUGUGCCUACGGCUCGACUCUCCAGUCGCGGUAUCCACACGCUCGCGACGUCGCCGUCCGACACACAAGGUCACGACGCUACCCCUAUUUCCUCGGCUUUCACUUACUCCUAUCACGAUUCCGAGGACUCCGACGAAGACGAGAUGGACUCGGCAUACAUGAAUCCCUCACUCACGCCUCUCGCCCGGCGAACACGACUCAGCAUGCCAACGCUACCGCCUUACGUAGACAGUCGCCCCACCAUCAAAACCUACUUCAAGAUCUACAGUCCCUCCAAGGGCGGCCGCAUGCUGAGCAUCUACGAGAGCGCCCCCGACGAGUUCAAUUUCAGCCAAAGCUGGGGCUGGAAGAGCAGCACCCUGAUGCUGGACGAGGUCGCCAUCAACGGCGCUGCCGGCGACUCCCCACCAGCGUCGGGGUCUGUGCCAUCAAAGAAGGGCGACGGCAAGCUGCGCUUCAUGGUCGUUAUUGGGAAUCUGUAG